GGGAACUGGAGCUUUUCAGGUUUUCACCUUCUCCAGGUCCUUCACACUGCAGACCACGGGAUCUUUUAUCAAUAAGGUAGGCAGGCUCUUUGCAUUUUUUCCCCCCCUCCCCUUUUCUUUUUGGGGUUGUCUUUGCUUUUUGCCUCUGCCUCCUUAUCCUACCCCGUUCUGUGGCUGGUGCGGGAAAUACUAACCGCAAGUCCGCCAAAAUUUCUAGGAUCCUUCCCUUCAUAUCAAAUCGACCUCAACGUCGUUUACUCUAUGUUAUUAACACCCGGAAGACGUGUGUCUAAUAGUACUUCAAUUGACUGUCCAACACGGCUUGCGUGAACAACGACAGCAAUCGGAGGGGGAUCUCGCUCGGUGAUCCGUCCGCAUCACCGUAUUUCCCACCAUCACCACCACCACACCGCCUCCUUUCUCCCUCCCCCCUACUUACAAUGGCUUCAACAUUGAUUCCGCGGAAAUUUCGAACCGCAGACGCGGAUAAAGACGUACAGCCUUCGUGGUUAAAGCGUCAAGUCACCGGCUGUCUGCAAUCCAUCUCUAGCCGUGCCUGCCACCACCCAAUUCACACAAUCGUCGUGAUCGCUCUUCUUGCGAGUACCACCUACGUCGGACUUCUCGAGGGAAGUUUGUUUGACUCGUUCAGGAACCCCAAAAAUGUGGCUGGUCAGGUGGAUGUGGAUUCUCUACUUCUGGGAAGCAGGAGCCUCCGGUUGGGAGAGUCUACUUCCUGGAAGUGGCAGGUUGAGGACUCGUUGACCCAGGAGGACUACGAGUCUGCUCAGCAUCUGGCCUUGACGACCUUUGUUUUCCCGGACUCGGUCUCUAAAUCGGCUUCGACUGCCCCCAUCGCAGACGCUGUUCCUGUCCCGGCCAAUACCUCUGCGCAACGCGUUCCCACGACUCCAAACCUGUUCUCUCCCUUCUCCCAUGAUUCGUCUCUUGUUUUCUCCCUUCCUUUCGACCAGCUGUCUCAAUUCCUCAGAGCAGUGCAGGAGAUCCCGGACUCCUCAGUCGAACAAGAUGAAGAGGAGCAGAAAAUGUGGAUUAUGCGGGCUGCUCGCGGUCCGAUCUAUGGAUCUAACGGAGCUGUCCGGCUUUGGCUCGCAGAUGCAUGGAGUUCAUUUGUGGAUCUUGUCAAGCACGCGGAAACGAUCGACAUUGUUAUUAUGACCCUGGGAUACUUUUUGAUGCAUCUUAGCUUCGCGUCUCUUUUCUUCUCUAUGCAGCGUCUGGGCUCAAAGUUCUGGCUGGCGACUACCGUGCUCUUCUCGGGCGCCUUUGCUUUCUUAUUUGGUCUCCUGGUUACGACAAAGUUUGGCGUCCCCAUCAACGUACUCCUUCUAUCGGAAGGUCUUCCAUUCCUUGUUGUUACAAUCGGAUUUGAAAAGCCAAUUAUCCUUACCAAGGCUGUCCUCAGUGCAUCCGUGGAUAAGAAGCGCCAGGGUGCCAGCCACGGUCCCGCUCCAGCAACCCCCCUAUCCAUUCAAGACUCCAUUCAAACAGCGAUUAAGGAACAAGGCUUCGAAAUUAUCAGGGAUUACUGCAUUGAAAUCGCAAUCCUCGUCGCAGGCGCUGCUUCUGGUGUCCAAGGUGGUCUGACCCAAUUUUGCUUCCUCGCCGCAUGGAUCCUGUUCUUCGACUGCGUGUUGCUCUUCACCUUCUAUACUACCAUUCUUUGCAUAAAGCUGGAGAUUACUCGAAUCAAGCGCCAUGUGGCUCUUCGUAAGGCUCUUGAGGAGGAUGGCAUUACUCAGCGUGUAGCCGAAAAGGUAGCCUCGAGCAACGACUGGCCUGGUGCCUCGUCCGAGAACGACGUGGCCGAGAAUACGAGCGUCUUUGGCCGCCAGAUCAAGUCAAGCAACGUGCGCCGAUUCAAGAUUCUCAUGGUUGGCGGUUUCGUCCUGGUUAACGUGGUAAACAUGUCUACGAUCCCGUUCCGCAACUCCACUAGCCUGUCCCCUAUUUGUAAUGUGUUUGCGCCUACACCAAUCGAUCCCUUCAAAGUCGCUGAGAAUGGUCUGGAUACCAUCUACGUUUCCGCCAAGAGCCAGAUGACCGAGACCAUUGUGACAGUUGUUCCGCCCAUCAAGUACAAGCUUGAGUACCCUUCGGUGCACUACGCUAAACUUGGUGAGGGCCAGUCUUUUGACAUCGAAUACACCGAUCAGUUCCUGGAUGCUGUUGGUGGGCGCGUGCUCGAGGGUGUUCUCAAGAGCAUCGAAGACCCAGUUAUUAGCAAGUGGAUCAUCGCCGUGUUGACCCUGAGUAUCAUCCUGAAUGGCUAUCUUUUCAAUGCCGCAAGGUGGAGCAUUAAGGAACCAGAGGCUACCCCUACCCCCAAGGAGAUUGUUCCUGAACCCAAGGUUUACCCCAAGGUUGACUUGAAUCCACCUGGCCCCAAGAGAAGCCAAGAGGAAUGUGAAGCAAUGCUCAAGGAAAAGCGAGCAGCUUAUCUCUCGGAUGAGGAGCUGAUUGAGCUCUCUCUGCGCGGCAAAAUUCCUGGAUAUGCUUUGGAAAAAACUCUGGAAAAUGAGGAGCUCAUGAGUCGUGUUGAUGCGUUUACCCGAGCGGUCAAGAUUCGCAGGGCAGUGGUCGCCAGGACCCCUGCAACCUCCAUGGUUACAAGCUCCCUGGAAACAUCAAAGCUUCCCUACAAGCACUACAACUACUCUCUUGUUCAUGGCGCCUGUUGUGAGAAUGUCAUUGGCCAUUUGCCAUUGCCUCUUGGAGUUGCCGGUCCUCUGGUGAUUGAUGGACAAAGCUUUUUCAUUCCUAUGGCUACUACUGAAGGUGUCCUGGUCGCUAGCGCUAGUCGUGGUGCUAAGGCUGUCAAUGCUGGUGGUGGUGCAGUGACUGUUUUGACCGGUGACGGUAUGACUCGUGGUCCUUGCGUUGGAUUCCCUACCCUUGCUCGUGCUGCCGAGGCCAAGGUUUGGCUUGAUUCUGAAGAGGGCCGCAAUAUCAUGACCACUGCAUUCAACUCUACUAGUCGCUUUGCCCGCUUACAGCACAUGAAAACGGCGCUUGCUGGCACUUAUCUGUACAUUCGCUUCAAGACGACUACCGGUGACGCUAUGGGUAUGAACAUGAUUUCGAAGGGUGUUGAGAAGGCUCUCCAUAUUAUGGCGACUGAAUGUGGAUUCGAUGACAUGGCCACGAUCUCUGUUUCAGGUAACUUCUGUACAGACAAGAAAGCUGCUGCUCUCAACUGGAUUGAUGGCCGUGGUAAGUCGGUGGUGGCGGAGGCGAUCAUCCCUGGAGAUGUUGUUCGCAACGUGCUCAAGAGCAACGUGGAUGCCUUGGUUGAGUUGAACACUAGCAAGAACUUGAUUGGUAGUGCGAUGGCGGGAAGCUUGGGUGGCUUCAAUGCACAUGCGUCCAAUAUUGUUACCGCCGUUUUUCUUGCGACUGGUCAGGAUCCUGCCCAGAAUGUCGAGAGCAGCAGCUGUAUUACGACCAUGAGAAAUGCCAAUGGCGAUCUCCAGAUUGCUGUGUCUAUGCCUUCCAUUGAAGUUGGCACCAUCGGUGGUGGCACAAUCCUUGAAGCACAAUCUGCCAUGCUCGACCUUCUUGGUGUGCGUGGCUCUCACCCUACCAACCCCGGAGACAACGCUCGCCAACUCGCACGAAUUGUUGCAGCUGCGGUGCUUGCAGGCGAGCUCAGUCUAUGCUCUGCCCUUGCGGCUGGUCACCUUGUCCGCGCACAUAUGGCACACAACCGCAGCGCUGCUCCCACUCGGUCCGCAACGCCGGUGUCAGCGGCUGUUGGAGCUUCUCGGGGACUUAGCAUGACCUCAUCGAAGUAAACUUGAAAAGUUCACCCAACAUUUUUGUCCGACUGAGCGGCGUAUCUUAUUAUUUGUUUCCCCCUUUACAUUUUACCUCAUGAUAGAACGCAG